AUGCUAUUUGCUUAACAAAAUCAUUUUGUCUUGUGCAACAUUAAAUUGUGUCAAUCAAGCAAAUAAAGGAAGAAAGCCUCAUUUAUAAAAUGGACGGCUCCUGGUUUCAGUUCAUUGGGUCGCUGGCUCUUCCAGGGGGGAAACAAUGAAGAUUCUGUUGCUGGCUGUUUUUCUGUUUUUCUCCAGUUCCUCCGCCUGGGCAAAAACGAAACAUUAUUAUCUUGCAAUUACUGAAGACGUUUGGAGCUACGCCUCUGACUCUUUGCAGAAGAAGCUUAUUGCAGUAGACAAGGAACAGGCUAAUUUCUACCUCCAAAGUGGCCCAGACAGAAUCGGAAGAACAUACAAGAAGGCCUUGUAUGUUCAGUACACGGACAAAACCUACACAAAGACCGUUGACAAGCCUAAGUGGCUGGGCUUGUUAGGCCCCAUUAUCAAGGCUGAAGUAGGAGACACCGUCUACGUCCACUUAAAAAACCGUGCAUCUAGGCCUUACACCUUCCACACGCAUGGGAUAGAGUACUACAAAGAACACGAGGGGGCCCUUUACCCUGAUAACACCACAGGGUUUUUAAGAGAAGAUGACAAGAUCUAUCCAGGCCAGAACUAUACCUACAGACUGUUUGCCAGCGAACCUCACGGCCCAGGGCAUCAAGACAGCAACUGCGUGACCCGGAUUUACCACUCCCACGUGGAUGCACCAAGAGACAUUGCCUCAGGCCUCAUAGGGCCUUUGAUAAUCUGUAAAAAAGAUUCUCUGGAUGGAGAAAAAGAAAAGAACAUUGACAAAGAAUUUGUGGUCAUGUUCUCUGUGGUGGAUGAAAAUCUCAGCUGGUACCUAGAUGACAACAUCCAGACCUACUGCUCAGAACCAGAGAAGGUCGACAAAGAGGACGAAGAGUUCCAGGAAAGUAACAGGAUGCACUCGGUGAACGGAUACACAUUUGGAAGUCUCCCGGACCUCUCCAUGUGUGCUGAGGACAGAGUGAAAUGGUAUCUUUUUGGAAUGGGCAAUGAAGUGGAUAUCCAUGCAGCUUACUUCCAUGGGCAAACGUUGACUAACAAGAACUAUCGAAUCGAUACAAUCAAUCUGUUUCCAGCGACCCUCUUUGAUGCUUUUAUGGUGGCCCAGAGUCCUGGAGAAUGGAUGCUCAGUUGUCAGAACUUAAACCAUCUGAAAGCUGGCUUGCAGGCCUUUUUCCAGGUCAAAGACUGCAAAAAGCCCUUGCAGGAGCCCGAGGUCCGCGGGAAAGUUAGGCAGUACUACAUUGCUGCUGAAGAGAUCGUGUGGAACUACGCGCCCUCAGGCACAGACGCCUUCACCCACCAAAACCUAACCGAGCCUGGAAGCGCGUCCGAGGUUUUCUUUGAACAAGGUGCUAUGAGAAUCGGAGGCUCUUAUAAGAAGUUAGUUUACCGUGAGUAUACAGAUGGCUCCUUCACAAAGAAAAAGGAGAGAGUGCCAGAGGAAGAACAUCUUGGCAUCCUGGGUCCCGUGAUUUGGGCAGAGGUAGGAGACACCAUCAGAGUCACCUUCCACAACAAAGCAAAUCAUCCUCUCAGUAUCGAGCCUAUGGGAGUGAAAGUGAAUAAGACCCACGAGGGCACGUUCUAUUUUGGCCAGUUCAACACCCACAACAGACAUACGUGUCAUCCAGCCUCCUGUGUGGCACCCAGGAAGACCUGGGUCUAUGAGUGGUCUGUCCCCAAAGGAGUGGGACCUACUUACAAAGACACACAGUGUUUAACCAAGAUGUAUUAUUCAGCUGUGGACCCCACCAAAGAUAUAUUCACCGGACUCAUUGGGCCCAUGAAAAUAUGCAAGCAAGGAUCCUUGGAUGAAAAUGGGAAACUGAAAAGCAUCGACAAGGAGUUCUACUUGUUUCCCACAGUAUUUGAUGAGAAUGAGAGCUUACUCCUGGAUGAUAACAUUUUGGCAUUUACCACUGCCCCAGAUGAGGUGGAUAAGACAGACAAAGACUUUCAGGAAUCUAAUAAGAUGCAUUCCAUCAACGGGUUCAUGUACGGGAACCUGCCUGGGCUGCGCGUGUGCCAAGGGGCCCGGGUCGCGUGGUACCUGUUCAGCGCGGGAAACGAGGCCGACGUGCACGGGAUCUACUUCGCCGGAAACACGUUUUCUUGGAGAGGCGGGAGGAGAGACACCGUCAACCUCUUUCCUCAAGCCAGCCACACGGCCGUCAUGGUCCCUGAGUCCAAAGGGACGUUUGAGGUGGAGUGUCUCACCACCGACCACUACACAGGGGGCAUGAGGCAGACGUACACGGUGGAGCACUGCAAGGAGGCAUCGGAGCCCUCCUCCCUGAGCGGGGGGCGCACCUACUACGUGGCGGCGGUGGAGACGGAGUGGGACUACUCGCCGCGCAGGGCGUGGGAGACGGAGCUGCACCAGCUCCAGGAGCACAGCGCUCCAAACGUCUUUCUAGACAAGGAAGAGUUGUACAUUGGCUCCAAGUACAAGAAGGUUGUGUACCGCCAAUACACCGACAGCACGUUCAGCACUAAGAUGGAGCGAGGCCCCGAGGAAGAACACCUGGGCAUUCUGGGGCCGAUGCUCCACGCGAACACCGGAGAAAAAGUGGAAAUUGUUUUUAAAAACAUGGCCUCCAGGUCAUACUCCAUACACGCCCAUGGGGUGAAAACGAACAGCCCCACGGUUACCCCAACUUUACCAGGUGAAACUCGUAGCUACUUCUGGGAAAUCCCAGCAAGUUCUGGAGCUGAAAGAGAAGACAGCGCUUGUAUUCCUUGGGCUUACUAUUCAACAGUGGAUCAAGUGAAGGAUCUCUAUAGUGGAUUGAUCGGCCCAUUGAUUGUCUGCCGGAGACAUUAUAUGAAAAUGUCCAAUCCCCCAAAGACACUGGAAUUUGCCCUUCUGUUUUUAGUUUUUGAUGAGAAUGAAUCUUGGUACUUAGAUGACAACAUCCAAACAUACUCUGAUCACCCUGAGAAAGUUAAUAAAGAGGACGAGGAAUUCAUAGAAAGCAACAAAAUGCAUGCUAUCAACGGAAGGAUGUUUGGGAAUCUACAAGGUCUAAGAAUGCAUGAAGGGGAUCGCGUCAACUGGUACUUGAUGGGAAUGGGCAACGAAAUAGACCUGCACACCGUCCACUUCCAUGGACACAGCUUCGAGUACCAGAGCAUGGACGCAUAUCGCUCUGACGUCUUUGACAUUUUCCCGGGGACCUACCAAACUGUGCAAAUGCUCGCCAACAUACCUGGGACCUGGCUACUCCACUGCCAUGUAGCUGACCACAUCCAUGCUGGAAUGGAGACCACAUACACCGUCCUCCCGAAAGAGGCGGUUUCAGAGACCAAGCCUGAGAGAAAGACAUAAAUUGAUGAUAUGUGGAAACAAAACCAAAACAAAGAAUGACUCCUAAAGCAUGCGAAAGUAUUGAAUGGAAUAUCUGUUUUGUAAUGGCAAUAAGUAUUAGAAAAAAAAAAAAACCUGAAAACGUACACCUGUGCUACAUAUAUAGGAAAUAGUGUAUUCCCUGGCUCCGUAGGGAAGGCCAAUGUUGUAUACACAUGACUUAUAUGCCAUGUAACAUUAGGGGCUGCUUGGAGCACCUGCUUAACAAAAGUACAUUUCUCCCCAUGCCCUGCUCUCCCCAAAUCUAUCGCCUGAUGCCACUCCGGGUGGUCCUUUUAGUGUCAUGAUUAGAAUUACUGACAUGUUUCCCACCCGAGCCUUCCCAUCAGCCCCGAGAUGCACUGCUGACGUCAUUUCUAACAAACCAGGGUGCACGGUGCUCGGGCUCAGAGGAAGUAAAAAAUUAAACAGAUACCCACUCUUAACAACACAACCGAUUCCAUUAAAAUUGAAACAAAAAUUAAUGCAAUAAAAACAAAAACGGCA